AGAUGACUCAACAGGCAGCAGUAUUACAAAACUGCAACAACGAGCUAGUCAAAUGUAUUGAGGAUCUGUGUAACAAGAGAGAUGCUCUGCAAAGGGACAUCACGUCUGAGGAGGAAGAGAAAAGUAAACUCCAGAACGAUAUCAGAAUACUGAGUGAGAGGUUAGCAAAAGUAAACGAAUCGCUAGCCAAGAAGAUAACAGCUCGUAACGAGUACGACAAAACGAUAUCAGAGACGGAGAACGCGUACAUGAAGAUAUUGGAGAGCAGUCAGAGCUUGUUGCAAGUACUCAAGAGAGAAUCUACAUCCCUCAAAGCUUCCCCCAAACCUGAGCUGUAGAUAAACUUCUUCUUGAAAACUAACCCAAAAUAGUUUGAAAAUUAAAGAAGCAAUAAUGAUCGUAUUUUUGAAUGGCUUCAUGAUAUUCAAUCUUGCAGAAGUUAUGGUCUAAAAGAAUUGCUCACUUGUAUGGAUCAUAGAGCCUUACUACAACAAUUUUGAAAACUUUCUUUUCCCCUACAUUCAGUUUUUUCCUAUGUGAAAUAUCGGAAUUUGAAUUUUAUGUGAACUUUAUUGAUUUAAAGUCAUAAUAUUCGUAGACUCAUACACCAAAUACUGAUAACAGAAAAAUUUUAAAUGUAAUAUCUCUUUUAUUUAUUAAAUGUUGUGUAAUCUGUACAAACCAUUAUAUAUAAUAGACAUUUUAUUACACUAU